UCCGAUACGUUCGGAGAUCUUAUCAGAAAGACAGUUAUACCCUCUGUAUAUCUUCCGACUUGAAAUGGUUUUGAGGUGGUAAAAGAAGAGGGGUGGCUACUUUGUGAUGAGAAGACCGGCGGUGCUGUACCACUAUCCAUGCCCGGACGGCGCGUUUGCUGCUCUGGCGGCCCAUCUCUAUUUCUCAGCCAAGUCCAUCGAACCCUUCUUCUUCCCUAACACCGUCUACAGCCCCGUCACGACGCAAAGCCUCCCUCUUUCUGACAUCGACGACCUCUACCUCCUCGACUUUGUGGGCCCACCCGGGUUUGUCCAGGAGGUCUCCGCCGAGGUCCCCAACGUCGUCGUUUUGGACCACCACAAGACCUCGAUCGGGAGACUCGGCGGCGACAAUGUGACGAGCGUUUUGGAUAUGAAGAGGAGCGGGGCCACCAUUGCUUUCGAUUAUUUCAGGGCCAAGGUGACGGCGGCGAGGUUUGACGGCGUUAAGAGGCUGUUUGAGUACAUUGAGGAUGGGGAUUUGUGGCGGUGGAGCCUUCCGGAUAGUAAAGCUUUCAGUAGCGGAUUCAAAGAUUUGAACUUGCAGUACGACGUCGGAUUGAACCCGGCUCUGUUUCAACAGCUUCUAUGUUUGGACUUGGAGUGUUUGAUCAGUCGAGGAGUGGCGAGCUUAUCAGAAACGCAGAAAUUGAUAGACAAAGCUCUGAGUCAGUCUUAUGAAAUCAAGCUCGGAGGUGGAGCUUUCGGUCAUUGCUUGGCUGUGAAUGCAGAUUCUAUAUCAGAGUUGAGGAGUGAACUCGGACAUCAGUUGGCUACUAAAAGCCGCAGUCUCAACUUACGGGGUAUCGGAGCUGUUGUAUACAAGGUUCCUGAGCUUGAAAAUGAAGAAUUGCUAAAGAUAAGCCUUAGAAGUGUGGACAGUGAAGACACAACUCCCAUCUCGCAGGAAUUUGGAGGUGGUGGACAUAGAAAUGCUAGUUCUUUCAUGAUAAGCUCCGCAGAAUUUGAGCAGUGGAAGGUUGACCAAGCAAUCAUUGCCGGCUGAAAUUUGUCGAAAUGUUUAUCUCUCUGCCUUAUUUAGUUCGGUGAAAAUGUGAAACAUACAGAUAAAUGUUAAUGAUAUCGAAAUCCCGAUGUCAACAUAAAUGCAAUUAGUGACUUAAAUUGUUGAGUAACGAGU